UCUUAAACUUUGCUCACCCCGCGGGAGAGGACAGAGUCUUCGCAGGAGAGACAAACAACUCCGCCUGACGAACGCGGGAGCUUCCGUCCCCCAGUGGAGAUGCUGCCUGAUGGGUGUGCUGAGAGACCCUUCCAUGUCGAGACUCCAUUGCUGGAAAGUUUGGCUCUUUCACAAGCAGCUGGCACCAAAGUCUACAUGAAGUUGGAGAACGCCCAGCCAAGUAGUUCCUUCAAAAUCCGAGGUAUUGGCUACUUUUGCCAACAGGUCGUUAAGAAGGGCUGUCAACAUCUGGUCUGCUCCUCAGGUGGAAAUGCUGGUCUGGCUGCAGCCUACGCUGCUAGGGAACUCCGAAUGCCUGCUACAAUAGUUGUCCCCAGAGGCACCAUAGAGCCAACGAUAAAAAGGCUUGAGCAGUACGGAGCGGACGUGGAGUUAUUUGGGAAGGUGUGGGACGAUGCCAAUGACAGAGCAGUGGCACUAGCUAAAACAGAUGGUUGGGUCAACAUCCCUCCUUUUGAUCACCCUCUAGUAUGGAAAGGACACAGCACCAUUAUCAAGGAGCUGAAGAAUUCCCUGGUGACCAAACCAGGAGCUAUUGUGCUCUCGGUGGGAGGAGGUGGUCUUCUGGCUGGAGUGGCCUCUGGUUUGCAGGACGUGGGCUGGCCAGAUGUCCCCAUCAUUGCUGUGGAGACCAGAGGUGCUGACAGUUUGAAUGCGGCCAUCAAAGCCGGGCAGCUGGUCACUUUGCCUGAUAUCACCAGUGUGGCCAGGUGCCUUGGGGCCAAGACAGUGGCACAGAGGGCCUUAGAUUGUACCAAGGAAUGUCCAGUCAUCUCUCAAGUUUUGGAGGAUGUGGAAGCUGUGAAAGCCGUAGAGCAAUUUCUGGAUGAUGAGCGCAUAUUGGUGGAACCAGCUUGUGGUGCCUCUUUGGCCCUCCUAUAUUCAGGCUAUCUACAGCAACUGCAGAAAGAGGAGAGGCUAAACAAGACAUUGGAUUCCAUAGUUAUCAUUGUGUGUGGGGGAAGUGGCAUUAACGUGGAGGGUCUCCAGGCUAUGAAGAACCAACUGGGCAUGAAAUGAAGCUUCCUUUGGGGAAUCCAAGCUGGUGGUUUCCUCGUCUAUGGGCACAUGAUUAGCAACCACUCCUAUAGUCUUCUUCCAAGUUAGAUGUCUUCUCAAGGCCAUUUUUGGUGCAUUGGACUACAACUCCCAGAAUUCCUAGCAACUGUCAGUCAUUUAGCUGACACAAAUUUCACAAAUGAUCGUGGCUUGUUGUUAGUUUCAAUGAAGCCACUCUCCUAGCUUGAGUGCUUCAUCUGAAAUGAUGUAGUGUUUCAAUCCAGGGUCAUCAUCCCUCAGAGCCCUUCCAAUGGCUUCAGAAUCACAGUCCCUCCAGGAUUAAUCCUUUCCCUCUUUUCUCCUACAGUAUUAGACCGCUGACAUUUUCAAUUGACCACAGUUCCUUCAAAGAACCAUUGCAUUCUGGGAAACCUAGCUGGCAAUUUUCCUGAGGUCCAGCUGAUGAGAGAAGGGACUCAACUGAAGGCAUAUCAUAUAUGUUUUGUGUGCCCAAUUCCUAGAACAAAGGUAGAGAAUCUGGUUCUUCUGGUACUAUAGAACUACAGCUCCCAGCAGUCCCAGCCAGCAACAGUCACUGAAAUUCAGCAAGCUCAGGAGACCUACAGUUGUUCCCCCUGCUGUGAUGAGACAGAGGCCUACGACAACCUGGCAAGACUGGUUUUAUAAACCCCAUGCGGUUUCAUGAUCAGAGUGGUGCAGAAGCUUUCAUAAUCAAUAGAAAUAAAUAAAAUACAUAAUCAUGACUGACUUCA